GUUUAUGCAUGAAUGGAAGCGGAAAUUAUAUCAGCAGGGGAUAGUACAGAAAUUACCGUAUGAAUGGAACACUGUCCGCACGUCGGCAAUUUGAGAUUGGAUGGCAACAAGACUCUCUUGAGUCCUGCGCAUUGGAGCUGCAGCCAGUGUGGCACGACUGAAUCAGUUUGGGGUUGUUUGUUGUGUUCCAACGUCGCAUGUGGAAGAGAUGCCGGCAAGCACGCACUUGAUCACUUCAAGCAAUCCAACCAUCCUUUAGCUAUAGAAAUAAACAAGAAAUAUGUGCACUGCUAUUUUUGUGAUGCGUAUGUAUUCAAUGACAACUCACAUAAUGAGCUACAACUCAUUAGAGAUACUCUGAAUCAGUUAGCAACUCAGACGUAUGGAGAAGCACGCACAAGAAGUGGACGGAUAUUAAGACAAGCAAGUGUCAAUUUUGCAAAGGAUGAGAGUAGGGUUGUGGAAGAGAGUUCUAAACAGGCAGACAAACUUUAUACUGCUGAGUGCCACUGCAGGAUUUCUCUUCUCAUGCGAGUCUUUUCUGCAUGGCAACAUUAUAACAAAGACCACAAAUGUCACUCAAAGUCAUCAACUAUUGCAGGGAAGUCUACCCUAAUGCCUCCACCACUGCAUCUUCCUUCUAAAAUGGUGAAACGACGUCUGGCAGCUGGAGUGACGGGGCUACGAAAUCUGGGAAAUACGUGCUACAUGAAUUCAGCAUUACAGGCUCUCAGCCAUCAAACUCUAUUUCGUGAGUGUUUUCGCCUCCUUAAUGUACAGCAGACUGUUUCUUGCCGGCGGCUUUACAUGAGACAGACAACUAUGGAAUGCUUCAAGGAAGUGACUCGUCCCAUCACGAAGAAGAAACAUCAAUGUCGUGCACGUUAUGCACAAAGUGGGUUGAAGGGAGGAACAGAGGAGGAUGAGGAGAGUGGAAAUGGCAGAGAAGAUCAAGAAGUUGACUCAGCCAAUAGAGAAGUGUCUUUGUGCAAAGCUCUUCAUGCAAUCUUUAGAGUGAUGUGGUCAGGAAAAUGGGCAAUGGUGACACCUCAUGCUGUCUUGAGUGCUGUUUGGUCAAAAAUCUCAGGUUUCAGAGGAUAUUCACAGCAAGACACUCAUGAGUUUCUAUGUGAGCUUCUCUGUGAGCUACAGUCAGAGCUCAGGGAGUUUCCUGAUUCUGCAGCUGUGAUCUUCAGUGAACCAAUGAGGAAUGUUGUUCUACCAUCGGAGAUCAUCUCGUCAUCUUUCGAAGGACAAUUGAUGAGUGCAGUCGUCUGCCACACAUGCAACACUGUGUCUGAGACUAUCGAAUCAUUCUAUGAUCUCUCGUUGGAUUUUCCACUAAAUAACUCGAGAGAAAGUGGUGACAAACAUUCAACCCAACCGUUUAGCUACAAUCUCACUGAUUUACUGCAACACUUCACGAUGUGGGAAACUCUUGAUGGUUGUAUCUACUCGUGCACUUAUUGUAAUCAGAAGAGAAGAGGCUCAAACUCACAGUUUCAGUGUGCUAGUAAACAGCUGAUGUUACAUAAACCACCAGAUGUGCUUCGUCUUCAUCUAAAGAGAUUCAGAUGGCAUGAGACAGAUCGUGCCAAGAUCAGUAUGCAUGUCUCGUUCCCCACAACUCUCGAUGUCAGUCCGUAUUGCAACCUCCACGCCACUAAUGAGACAUCACAUCUGACAUAUCAUCUCACAAGCAGCAUCAUGCAUCAUGGAAAAGGCUUUGCGUCUGGUCACUACACUGCGUAUUGCUACAACACCGAGGCAUCUAGUUGGGUGCAUUGCAAUGAUAGUCGAGUGUCUCUCUGCACGGAGCAAGAAGUUCUUAGUUCGCAAGCAUACAUUCUAUUCUUUACGCGUUCGAGAAGUAUGGCAGCUAAUGUACAGCCUUCGUAUUCGGUUACAUCACCGCCAGCUGUGGACUUGAUGCAUCCUGCUAAGCGAGUUCGAAUACAAUGACAAGUAAUCAAGGAUGGUUUUUAUGUGUUGAUAUGAUAGUGUGUACAUGUGUAGCAUAUGAUACAAUCAUAUGGUUGUUUAUGGUAAAAUAUCAUUGAUAUUAAUGUUUGC